AUGCGCUGCUCACGUAAGGUAAUCACAAACGACCCAUAUAGAGUCAAAACCAUGCGAUUGUGGCAGUUUGACGAUGAAGUCCAUGGAGAUGGAGUGCCAGGGCCUAUUGGGGAUAUCGAGAGGCUGGAGCAGGUCAUAUGGCUUGUGCCGGGGGGUUUUGAUGCAGGCACAGGUGUCACAAGCAGAGACAUAUUAACGAACAAAAGUGCGCAUACCGGGCCAUGA